AUGGCGUCCCGUACAAAGCUAUCUGGUAUCCAGAGGCAGGCCUUGGCAUUAUACAGAGGGUUCCUUCGGACAGCACGGCUCAAGUCCCCAGAGGAGCGCCGCAGGAUCGAGUCCGUUGUCUCCGCAGAGUUCCGUGAGAAUGCCAGGAGUGUCGAUCGCAGGAACUUUGUGUACAUUGAGUAUUUGAUGAGAAGAGGGAAGCGGCAGCUCGAUCAGCUCAAGAAUCCUGAUAUCACUGGACUUUCUACACUUGAAAUAAAUAAGGCCUCUUCUAUUCCAGAACAACGUGUCGAGCAUGAUCUUGGUGUUUCUACUGGGAGACAAUAA